GCUGACCGCCUCCCCUCCGCGCUCUCCUUGCAGGACCUGUCUGUUCCACCUCGGGCUAUAAGAAGGCGGAUGAUGAGAUGUCCGGAGCCACGUCCGCGGCGGAUCUGGACGAGGCACCAGCCCGCACCAUUUACUUGAACCAGCCCCAGCAGAGCAAGUUCCGCGACAACUGGGUCAGCACAGCCAAGUACAGUGUGGUGACGUUUCUACCUCGAUUCCUGUAUGAGCAGAUAAGAAAAGCUGCAAAUGCAUUCUUCCUCUUCAUUGCCUUACUGCAGCAAAUUCCAGAUGUCUCUCCAACAGGAAGAUAUACCACCUUGGUGCCAUUGCUAUUUAUUUUAACAGUUGCUGGCAUCAAAGAAAUCAUAGAAGACUAUAAAAGGCAUAAGGCAGACAGUGCAGUGAAUAAAAAGAAAACAGUAGUUCUAAGAAGUGGGAUGUGGCAGAACAUUAUGUGGAAAGAGGUAGCUGUAGGCGAUAUUGUGAAGGUCACCAAUGGGCAACAUCUUCCAGCAGACAUGAUCAUAAUAUCUACCAGUGAACCACAAGCCAUGUGCUAUAUUGAAACAGCUAAUCUUGAUGGGGAGACGAAUCUUAAAAUACGACAGGGUUUGUCUCAAACUGCUAGUCUCCAGUCCAGGGAAGAGUUGAUGAAGGUGUCUGGGAGGAUAGAAUGUGAAGGACCCAACCGCCAUCUCUAUGACUUCACUGGAAACUUGCGCUUAGAUGGUCAAAGCCCAGUUCCUGUUGGUCCAGACCAGAUCUUGCUGAGAGGUGCACAACUAAGAAACACUCAGUGGGUCUUGGGUAUUGUUGUGUAUACAGGACAUGACACCAAACUCAUGCAGAAUUCAACCAAAGCACCUCUGAAGAGAUCAAAUGUGGAGAAGGUGACCAACAUGCAGAUCCUGGUUUUGUUCUGUAUUCUCCUGGUAAUGGCCCUUGUGAGUUCUGUAGGUGCCUUAUUAUGGAACAGAACACACGGCGAAGUCGUCUGGUACCUUGGCUCCAACAAAAUGCUGUCUGUCAACUUUGGAUACAAUCUGCUGACGUUUAUAAUCUUGUACAACAACCUUAUUCCAAUCAGCCUUCUGGUGACAUUGGAAGUUGUCAAGUUUACUCAGGCUCUUUUUAUAAAUUGGGACAUUGAUAUGUAUUACCCUGAAACAGAUACACCUGCAAUGGCCAGAACCUCAAACCUUAAUGAGGAACUUGGGCAGGUAAAAUACCUGUUUUCUGAUAAAACAGGUACUCUAACAUGCAAUAUCAUGAACUUUAAGAAAUGCAGUAUUGCUGGAGUGACAUAUGGUCACUUUCCUGAGUUGGAAAGAGAACGUUCAUCAGAAGACUUCAGCCAGCUACCUCCUUCCACCAGUGAAUCAUGUGAAUUUGAUGACCCAAGACUGCUGCAAAACAUUGAAAAUGAUCAUCCCACAGCUGUGCAUAUACAGGAGUUCCUCACACUGCUGGCCGUGUGUCAUACUGUUGUUCCUGAGAGACAAGGAAAUACAAUAAUCUACCAGGCCUCCUCUCCAGAUGAAGGAGCAUUAGUGAAAGGAGCAAAAAAACUUGGUUAUGUCUUCACAGGACGGACUCCCCAUUCUGUUAUCAUUGAUGCGCUGGGGAAAGAGAAAACCUUUGAAAUUCUUAAUGUGCUGGAGUUUUCCAGCAACAGGAAGAGAAUGUCAGUGAUUGUUCGAACUCCGGCAGGACAGCUACGUCUCUACUGCAAAGGGGCUGAUAAUGUAAUUUUUGAGAGGCUUUCAAAAGAUUCCCAGUAUAUGGAACAAACACUGUGCCAUCUUGAAUACUUCGCAACGGAAGGUCUGAGGACGUUGUGCAUUGCUUAUGCUGAUCUGUCAGAGAAGUCUUACAGAGAGUGGUUGAAUGUCUACAAUGAAUCCAGUACGGUUCUGAAAGACAGAACUCAGAAGCUAGAGGAGUGCUAUGAGAUCAUUGAAAAGGAUUUGCUGCUUCUUGGAGCUACAGCCAUUGAAGACCGCCUGCAAGCAGGUGUUCCAGAAACAAUAGCCACACUAAUAAAGGCAGAAAUUAAGAUAUGGAUUCUGACAGGUGACAAACAGGAAACAGCUCUCAAUAUAGGGUACUCUUGCAGACUCAUUUCACAGAGUAUGUCUCUCAUCCUGGUCAAUGAAGAUUCACUAGAUAAUUGGCAGCUUGACUGGAUGGGAGAUGCAAAGCCUGUGUCUUGGAGUACCAGAGGAGUUACUGGAUGUCUGCAGAUGUGGUUGAAGAGGGCAACAAGAGCUUCUCUGACUCAACAUUGUACCAGUCUGGGGGAGUCACUGGGCAAGGAAAAUGAUAUUGCCCUGAUUAUUGAUGGCCACACACUGAAGUAUGCCCUUUCAUUUGAAGUCAGGCAGAGCUUUCUAGACUUGGCACUUUCCUGUAAAGCAGUCAUUUGUUGCAGAGUAUCUCCUCUACAGAAGUCUGAAAUAGUAGACAUGGUCAAGAAACACGUCAAUGCCAUAACACUUGCCAUUGGGGAUGGUGCCAAUGACGUAGGAAUGAUCCAGACAGCUCACGUUGGAGUGGGGAUCAGUGGCAAUGAGGGCAUGCAGGCAACCAAUUGCUCGGAUUAUGCCAUUGCACAGUUUUCCUACUUGGAGAAGUUGUUGUUGGUCCAUGGUGCUUGGAGUUACAAUCGAGUUACCAAAUGCAUACUGUACUGCUUCUACAAAAACGUGGUUUUGUAUAUUAUUGAGCUUUGGUUUGCUUUCGUUAAUGGAUUUUCUGGGCAAAUCUUAUUUGAGCGAUGGUGCAUCGGUCUGUAUAACGUGAUUUUCACAGCACUGCCACCCUUUACUCUGGGAAUUUUUGAACGAUCAUGUACUCAAGAUAGCAUGCUUAGAUUUCCACAGCUAUACAAAAUCACUCAAAAUGCAGAUGGCUUCAACACAAGGGUUUUCUGGGGUCACUGCAUCAAUGCCCUUAUCCAUUCCAUCAUUCUUUUCUGGUUUCCACUGAAAGUGCUGGAGCAUGAUGCAGUAUUCACAAACGGACAGGGAGUUGACUAUUUAUUUGUUGGAAACAUAGUUUACACUUAUGUUGUAGUCACUGUUUGUCUGAAAGCCGGCUUGGAAACAACUGCAUGGACUAGGUUCAGUCACCUGGCGGUCUGGGGAAGCAUGCUGCUCUGGCUGGUGUUCUUCGGGGUGUACUCGGCCAUCUGGCCCACGUUCCCCAUCGCGCCGGACAUGCUGGGGCAGGCUGGAAUGGUGUUAAGAUGUGGAUACUUCUGGUUUGGCUUGUUUCUUGUGCCCACUGCGUGCCUUGUUAAAGACGUGGCAUGGACAGCGGCGAAGCAUACCUACCGUAAAACUUUGCUGGAGCAAGUUAAGGAGUUGGAAACAAAGACAAGAGAGCUGGGAAAAGCCAUGCUUCGUGAUAGUAAUGGAAAGAGCGUGAACGAACGUGACCAUUUGUUAAAAAGGCUGGGCAGGAAAACUCCUCCGAGCCUUUUCCGUGCUCAUUCUGUCCAGCAAAGUGUAUCACAUGGGUAUGCAUUCUCUCAAGAAGAACACGGUGUUGUUUCCCAGUCGCAAGUUGUUCGAUCCUACGAUACAACCAAAAGGAGAACAGAAAUAGAAUAAAUUAUUCUUUGCUUGACGGGUGGUGGGAAUAAUGGGAUUUGGAUCAAUGCAUCCACUGUUAACACAUUCUUGACUAGGUUUGGCAGCAGCAGCCAGAACACCAGAGAACUCAUUUCUGUGGCCUUAGCCAACAAGUUUCUGUAUUCUCCCUGCAAACCUUGGGUGCAUUUUGUGGGGGAAAAUCAUUGUUUGACUCAGUCGCAAAGCUCUCUGCCUAAAGUUUUGUUUAUGUUGUUAUGAAGCAUUUGACUGUGCUAUGUGAGGUGUGAAAUUAAAAACAAUGUUUUACCACUAUUUAAAACAUCGGCAUAAGGUUGUUCUGGGGGAAAAGUAGAAAAUUUAUGUUCUAUGAGAAGUCAGCCUUUGCUUAAUUGGAAGGGGUGCUGAGAUUUCCUGUUUUGUUACACACAGACCAAGUGCACACAACUGCAUGCAGACUUUACUCCUUCUUGUAUUCACUGUUUACUAAUCUGGCUGAAAUUUUCAACAGACCAUUUGGCGUGAAAUUUUUGAUUGCAACACAGUUUGUAGCUAAAAAUGCUUAUUUGCCUUCUUGUGACAGAAUAAGACAAGAUAGCAAUAAAUUACUUAGAAUAUUUCUUUCCCUUCAAGAUUUAUUAGGGUUCUAUCUUAGCUUUCUGGAACCCAACUAAUUGCUUACUCACACAGCCAGGAUGUGGAAGUCAGAGCUUGGCAGGGCAGCUGUCUUGAGUGCAUGGCAUUGUACACAAAGAUGAACUCAACUAGGUGCCUCCUCAUAAUGCUUCAUGAUGUAUUUGGAUGUGCACUUCAAAUCCAGCCUGGGGCUUCCCUCCAUCACCCCACUCCCAGUUUAACAGUAGAACAAAACAGUGAGAAUUUUAAUUUAAAGGUAUCAUCUUGUCAGAUAUGUUGUACAUGAUAAGAUGUACAUCUGCAUAGGAGGCUGAUAGUGUAACCCUAAAGAAGCCUUCCUCUGGCCAGGUAAGGGAGAUUUGCAGAGGGGGGCAGGACGGGAUUACACAUGUGCAUGCACACACAUGGACACACACAGAGCUGGCCAUUCUGAAGAGAAGACCUGCUGUUUGUUUGUUCAGCCAAACCAGUCCUUCUUCUAGAAAUGAUCCAUCAACAGGCUUCCCAAAACACUCAGACCCAUGAGCCCUGGAAGGAAUGCUGGCUCCAUGGCCUUGCUGUGCCAGUGGGACGGACAUGCUGCUGCAUAAAAUUAAUUUAAAAUUUGGAAUUUUAAGGAAAAAAAAAAAAAAGGGCAAAAACUGGGGCAUAAGUUAAAGCUGAAAGAGCUCUUAGAAAGCUUAUGCUGUCCUCCAGACAAGUUCUAUUAAUUUUAGUCGCCAAGACACGUUUCUGAACAGUAUAAAGUAAAUACUGCUGCGUUUAAGCCAGGCUUCAUGGUUAAUGUAUAUACUACAUCUGUGUAUUUGAAAAGUUGGCGUUGUUUUUUGCCCUAUUGACCAUCAUCCAGAAUUUUCUAUUGAUUUAAAUAUGUCCGAAAGCAAUUUGAAUAUGAAUGUUUAUGUUUAGCAAAGGAAAGGAAAGCUCCAGCCUGGCCUACUGGUUUAAUCUUCCUUAAGGGUUGUGAGUAAAUGCCAGCACUCAAGUGCUGUGAUUCAAUUUCCAGUGCCACCUCAGAGGUUCGGAGUUCCCUUCUAUUUUAGAAAAGGCAAAUUUUGCUCCUGCAGAGCCAGUCAGGAUUGGUCUUGGAUUAGGCUGAUGACAAAGAGGGAGAAGUCAUCACCUUCUUUCUGCAGUGCUAAUGAGACAAUUAUGCAGUAAGGAAAAUGUGCAAAUAAUUUUGCCAUAGGCAUGAACGUCAAGGGGCCAAGUGUGGAUGCAUGUAUUUUCGGGGAGAGGAAUUUUGUUUAAAGGCACAGAUACUAGUGCAGAGAAUAAAUAAGGGGGGAGCAAACCUGAUCCCAGGAGUUUUUAAAUCUUAAUGCUGAUAUAACCUGUUAAACACUUCCUUUCAUUUAGAAACCAAAUCUGUUUAGGAAAUGUGUGGUGUAAGCCUCUCCUCAAAACCGCUAAUUGUUUCUUCCUUUUGUAAAAACACAAGGAAAAUUAACUUCCCACCAAGGCAAAAUGAGAUCAGCUUAGUCUUUGUACUCUAAGCUACAUGCCAAACACUGGCAUGUAAACAAUUCGGAGGCUUUUCAUGAGGCUGCAGAAAGAAAAACUUUUAAAAGCCUUUGGAUAAUGAAGAAUGGCAAGUAAAUGUAUUAAGCAGAGAAUAGAAGGGAUCCCAGAGUUUUUUCUGUUCUUAACUUAGGGCAACAAAAUUUUACAGAACAUAAUGAAAGGUGCUGGGGAGGAGCAGCUGUCAUCUGAUGUGAUUUAUUUUAUUAGUGCAGACUAUGGGCUGUAUCAUUUUGACCUCCCUGUAAAUUGAGGUCAGUGUGUGUCACAAACAAAAACCCUCCCUAGUGUGAAUGGUGGCUUAGACUGUGGUACGUGUGUUGGUUGUCAGCUCAAUGGGAAUUGCACAUGGGAUUUGUCACAGGGCUAUACAGUAUGUGACACUGGGGCUAGUGGGUCAGACUUUAUCAUCACUGUAUGGCCUUAAUCUCUAGCUGAGUUAAUUCUGUAGAACCCACCCAGGUCAAGACCUGGCAUUCUUCUUGUUCUUUGCAGUCAUUACAGGAAUUGAUGUAUUUAAUGUGCCGUAGACUGGGUGUUGGAGUUGCUUGUCUUGAUGAGCAAUGGUGAGGUGUACUCGGGUGCCGUGUUAGCAGAAGGAGGAUGACAGCUGCUCUGCAUCAACAGAAUUCCUUGUUCAUUAGGGCAAAUGCACGGAGCAGUAACAGCAGCCUUUGAAAGUGCUGUGUGAAAAUAUUAUCAGCUAGACAGGGUAUUGGAGCAGAAGGAAUGGGGGAUUUCUGCGUGACUGUCCAGGCUGAGCUGCUGAGGGUUCAUCAGAAAAGGCCUUCCCGAGCCGCUCUCUGCACUAACCAGAGGGAGAUGGGUUUGGAUGUUCAGAUGGAAGUGGUGAUUUUCCCACAUUAGAUUUGGCUCUAGUUGCUGCUUUUUAUAACAUCAUAAUCGCAGCUUGCAUAGAAGCUGCUGCUCCUUUAAUGAUUGCCUAGUAGCAAUUUAAAGCUGGCGAGCGGGAGCCUGAGCUGCUCUGAGCACUGCUGAGAAGUCUGUUGACAUUUUCUCUUCCUUGACAGGGCUUCAGGUCUUGCUGUAGGGAGCUAGAAUGGGAAGUCAGUAAUAAUUUGUCAGGGAGAAAUGGCGAACAACCAAUAAAAGUAUCUGGGACAAACUAAGCUGCUAAUGUAUCUAAAAAUGUGUGUAGAGCUAACAUGAACUAUAUGGGCUGUAAAUUAAGAUAACAGUCAAGCCUCGCUAAUCUGCAGUUCACUAGACUACACACCUCUUAGUGCAUACCAAAACUGUGCAGUCUCUUCCCCUGCCUCAGCCAGCAGCUCUUAGAAGACGCUGCAGGGAAGUCUUCUGUUACCAAGAUUACAUUAUUUUUUACAGGAUGUACUGGAGUGUGUUUGCUGGGAGACAGUCAUAAAAAUAAAAUCAUAAAUAAAGAAGAGAAAGCUUUAUUUAUGUGAAUAUGUGAAAUGUGGGGACGUGGUCAGUGGCCACACAGGGUACAACUUGGCCCUCUAUGGACAACCCAAGAGCCCAAGAGGUGCACAGUCCUUGCACUGUCCCUGUCCUGCAGGCUUAGUUUGCCCUUUUGGGCUAACUCACUAAAUCUUCUGUUUUCACAUUACCUCCAGUCAUCAGUGAAGAUAAGUGAUUCUCGCUUUACAUUCUCUCUUGGUUUUAUAAAUAAUGACUUAAUUUAAUCUUUAAAUGCUCUGAGGAGUGUACUUCUCACAGCUCAGGUUUGAAACAGAGCAAGGCAAUUGAGUGGGUGCUUGUCCCUGAGAAGCACCUUGGGUUUGUCAGAUUUCUCAUUAGUGUUAAGCACUGAGGCUAGUUUUGAAUCAUCACACAGUAUCAAUGCCUUAAACUUCAGUCAGGUUGCAGGAGAGCUCUUCGUGUCCUGUUGAGUCUAACAAGAAAUGGUGAUGGUAUGAAAUACCUGAAAGAUUGGAGAGGAGCUGUGUCUAUGCUAUACCUGGUGUAUCUGGGUAGCAGUCUGCUUCUAAAACGUGGCACUGACCCUGCACGUUCCUCAGGCUCCAGACAGUUGGACCCCUUCUGUCCUGUCAGGAAGGAUUCUUGUACUCACCUCUGCCCAGUAUCCUAUGGAGGCCCAAGAGAGGCUUCACUACAUUUCAGCAUCUGUGACCAGAGCUGUUUGUCCAGAGAAGGCCACAGGAUAGGUCAGUACAAUAGGUGACAAUAAAAUAAAUCCAUAUGGGUACCUUUUCCAUAUGUAGCAGUAAGAUUAAUGGAGGCUUUGAGCUUUGUUGGCAAAUGAAAACCAGAAACUGCCCUGCACUGCUUGGCCACACAAGUGAAUCCCAAAGGUGAUCGCUUCUCAAUGACCUGCAGGAAACCUAGACAGCCUGACUGAGUUUAUCUGGCCAGGAAUGUGCUUUUGGAUGGGCUGUCUGGAGAGGUGAAGGGACUGGGAAACAAAACAGAUCGGCCAAGACCACUGCUGCUGUUAGAGGUUAGUGAGGGGAGGGAUUCCUCACAUGGAUUCAGGCAUCCAUGAAGAGCUGUGAUAAAGCUGAUUUCUUUGGUUCCUUCCUGUGUCUCUGGGAAAGGAGCAGAGGUUACCUCCUGAAGCUGAGUUUCUCUUGUACCAAGCUGAAUCCUGGGCUUGGAAAGAGUCCCUGCCAGAAGUGUCCUCUGCUUAGCAUACUUCGGCUCUAGCAGGUUGUUUCCUGGGUUAUGAAGAUUGCUAAAUUGUUUCUUGGUUUAUGAAAAUUGCUAAAUGGGUUACUGGUUCCUCUUUGCCUCAUGGACUCACCAGAACUGAGCACUGGAAUUAUUUCCUAGCUGAUAUAUGAUUAUAUCAGUCCUGGCUGACAGUCUGUCAUGAAGAGUUAGUGAGACUUCUGCCUAGGUGUUGCUCCUGGGCAGGUUCUUGUCCCUCAGGCCAGUGCAAGGGGCAUGUUAACCUGGGGACCUGGAUCUCUUUGUGGUUAGUGUAUGAAGCCCAGGGGUUGCUUCAUUUGGAUUCUUGGCCUGCUCAUUUGUGGUGUGAACUGAGGGUAAAGUGGCUGAGUACUGGUGUUUAUCCAAAGCCUUCCUUUAUGUAUGAGGAAGGUGAGAUAAGUUCUCCUGAAGUCUGCCACAAGAGGUCCGUUCUCCUUCAGCGUCUUUGUAGCUACUAAAGAGAAACAGAAGUUGGUAAAUGACAAAUUCUGUGUGGGCAAUCCCAGCUCUGGGCAAUCACUCAGAAGUCUAACGAUGAAGAAAAGUGUUAAUAUAUUGCCAAACUGUCACUAUGCAUAGCUGGAAGGUCAGCACCCUUGUAAUUAUGGAGCAAUGAAGCCAAGGGGAAAAGCCAACAUUAACAGAAAGACAUGAUUGUUUUAAAUCCUAACUACCUUACUGGGUGGUUUUCCUGCGAAGAUGUUCCAGAUGUUGUCUUGGCAUAAAUUAAUCAAUUUCAAAACAUCUGCAGGGUUUCUUAGAAAACAUGGAAUUCACCAGACAGUGCAUAUGCUCUCCCCUGCCCUUCUGGCUGAUAUGUUGAUUCAGAAAGGGAAUGAGGGUACUUGCUGUUCUUACCGUCAAGAGUUCAUAGACUGGAAAGCUGCUCAAAGUUGUUGCUCAACUCUUUUUUUUAUUUAUUUUUUUUUUAUAAAGAGCUCCAGUUAUAAAGCAGUGAGGCAGCCAAGCCUCUGGGACUGUGUACAUGUGUGUGCUGGAAGAGUUGUCUGACUUGAAAACCUCCCCCUGUCCCUCUUUCUGCCCCCAAAGUGCAGCCCAUUGCACUGGGAGGUCAAAUAUUCAGCGUCUUGAGUGACAGGGUCUUUAACAGCAUCUUUUUCAUCAGUGAGCCAAGUCAUGUGCCCACUUGUCUGUCAUAUCUGUACUCGAAUUGCUUAAAUAUUGUUUCAGAUGGAGACGUUUUAAUCUGGAUAUGCAGAGAGGAGUGAUGCUGUGGGGGGAUGUUUAAUUGGCUCCCAGCAGAGCAGCAGUGGUGUGUGGGUUUUUUUCCUCUAGAAGUGUUACCAUUUUCAGGUCCUAUUAAUGUCCUCUGGUAGUUUAAAUACAGCAUUGCAUUACAGUGGAGUUUGUUUCCCUCCCAGACUGAAUACAAAUGAAGGUCAUUUACUUGUAUUUUUAGAAGGUUCAGAAAACUUAGACAAUUUGUAGCUUUGAACAGCAUUGUUGACUGUUGUAUGUCUGCACAAAAAUAUUUCCAAUAAACCUUUUAUUAAAGCAA